AUGCAGGCGCAGCGUGCCUUUGGAGUGGCUCUGAAGGACCUGGCCGCCGCUGGCUCGGCCCCCGUGGUCCUGCAGGACUGCCUGCGCUGGCUGGCGCUGCGCGGGCUCACCACCCAACGCCUCUUCCAGACAGCGCCGGCGGGCGACAAGCGGAAGCUGCUGGCGUUGCGGCACCUAUAUGACACAGGGCGCCGCCCGCUGCGCUCCAAGUCCUGCCGCGACAAAGACCCCUACCUGAUCGCCAACCUGCUGCUGCUGUGGCUGGGCUCGCUUCCAGAGCCGCUGUUUCCGGCCAGCCUGGUGCCUGCGCUGGUGGAGAGCCAGCAGAGCGACUAUUACGAGGACCGCGUGAGCGCUGUGCGCGCGCUGCUCAAGCAGGCCGAGCCGUUUGUCGUGGAGGCGCUGUUCCCGCUCUUCGAGCUGCUGCACCACUACUGGAUCAACCAGGCCGACCGCGACGGCAGCCUGCAGGAGCUGGCGCGGCUGCUGGCGCCCGCCGUGUUUGGCACGCCCGCCGAGCACGGGCUGCUGGCAGAGGACGGCGGCUUGCUGAGCGAUACGGUUGAGAUGCUGAUCUCCGAAUACCGCCCCCUCUUCACCCAGCCCUUCAACCUGCGCCGCUACGAGGCCGACGCGGCGCGGCAGGCGGCCGCCGAGGCGCAGCGCGCCGAGGCCGCCGCGGCCGCCUCGCCGCCCCUCCCCGCCUCCCCGCUGCUCACGCCCAUCCGCUGCCAGCGGCUGUCGGUGAUGGGGCCGGAGGGCGACUCGCCCUUCUCCGACUGCUGCGGCACGCCGCUGCCGCCCGACAGUCCCUUCAGCGCCUACGUGGCCGCCGACGGCGCCGCCGCCUCGCCGCCCUUUGGCGGCUUCCGCGGGCCAUCGCUCGAGGGCGGCGGCGCCGCGGCCCCGCACCCCGCCUCCGCCGCCGCCCCGGCCUACGACGAUGACCAGCACCUGGAGCAGACGUUCAGCGACCUGCUGGAAUGCACGGUCAGCGGCAUGCUGUUCGACGUGCCGCCCACGCCGCCGCGCGGCGCCCACGGCGACGGCGAGGCGUGCUACGGCUCCGCGCCGCUGGCGGGCGGCGUGCUGAUGGGCGAUACCGAGCUGGCCUGUGCGGGGGACCAGCCCAUGUCUCCAGUGGCCGUGCUGCGUGACGGCGGCGACGAGUCGACCGACGGCUCGGACUGCGACGCCCCGCUGGCCAGCCAGCUGCCCUUUGCCUGGCCGCGCACGGCGGCGCGCACCAUCCCUGCCACCUGCUGA